AAGAACCAAACCCAACUGCAACAACAACAGCAACAACAACAACAACAACAACAACAACAACGGCCAGCGACCGUUUGGAGAGCGGAGAGAAAGAGAUGAGAAAGUGAAAACGACACGUCGUCCAACAUUUUCUCUCUUCUUGAAGCAAACUCAUUCUCUUCGUUUGGAUCUCUGUUCCUUCAUCCUCUAUUUACGCUACGCUCUUUAAUUUUUUUUCCUCUAAUUCGAGUUUAUCAGCAUGUUCUAGACAUCACUCCUUCACUCGCUGAUUUUACUCUCCUCUUCCUCUGUUUUACGGAUCCAAGAUGGUGGUUUCCGGACCAAUCACGCCUGGACAGGUGUCAUUUCUACUUGGAAUUAUCCCAGUAUUUGUUGCAUGGAUAUAUUCAGAGUUUUUAGAAUAUAAAAGGCAUUCAUCUCAUUCUAAAGUCCAUUCAGAUACCAAUCUGGUUGAAUUGGAAAAGGAAACUAUCAAGGAAGAUGAUCAUGCUGUUUUUUUGGAAGGAGGCCUCACAAGAUCAGCUUCUGCAAGGCUUCACAGUUCAUCCGUUAAAGCAAACAUGAUUAGAUUUCUGACUAUGGAUGAUACUUUCUUGCUAGAAAAUCGGGCAACUUUGAGAGCUGUAGCUGAGUUUGGGGGAAUCCUUUUUUAUUUUUAUUUAUGUGACCGCGCCAAUGUAAUUGGCGAUUCUACCAAGAACUACAAUCGCGAUCUUUUCCUUUUUCUCUACCUUCUUCUUGUCAUAGUUUCAGCAAUGACUUCUCUGAAGAAACAUAAUGACAAAUCUGCUUUUUCUGGAAAGACCAUACUGUACCUUAAUCGGCAUCAGACUGAAGAGUGGAGAGGAUGGAUGCAGGUCCUUUUUUUAAUGUACCAUUACUUUGCUGCAACUGAGAUUUACAAUGCAAUACGUGUCUUUAUUGCUGCAUAUGUUUGGAUGACCGGGUUCGGUAACUUCUCCUACUAUUACAUUAGAAAGGAUUUUAGCCUUGCACGCUUUGCUCAGAUGAUGUGGCGCCUGAAUAUUUUUGUGGCAUUUUGCUGUAUUGUACUAAAAAAUGACUAUGUGCUGUACUAUAUCUGCCCAAUGCACACGCUUUUCACCAUAAUGGUGUAUGGAGCUAUUGGUAUUUUUAACAAGUACAAUGAGAUAAGAUCUGUGAUGAUUGUGAAGAUUCUGGCAUGCUUUCUUGUGGUCAUCUUGAUUUGGGAAGUUCCUGGAGUUUUUGAUAUAUUGUGGAGUCCUUUUUCAUUUCUACUGGGGUAUACUGAUCCUGCUAAGCCGGAUCUUCCUCGAUUACAUGAGUGGCAUUUUAGAUCUGGACUCGAUCGCUAUAUAUGGAUAGUAGGAAUGAUAUAUGCCUAUUGUCAUCCCAAUGUUGAGAAAUGGAUGGAGAAAUUGGAGGAAUCUGAACCCAAGAAAAAACUCUCAAUCAAAACAGGCAUUGUGGCAAUCGCUUUAUUGGUUGGUUACUUUUGGUAUGAAUGCAUCUACAAGCUGGAUAAAGUUACAUACAACAAGUACCAUCCAUACACGUCAUGGAUUCCCAUCACUGUGUACAUUUGUUUGCGAAACUUCACUCAGCAGCUUCGAAAUAUCUCUCUGACUCUUUUCGGGUGGCUUGGCAAGAUAACUUUGGAAACCUAUAUCUCCCAGUUCCAUAUCUGGUUAAGAUCAAACAAGCCUAAUGGACAACCCAAGUGGCUCCUUUCUAUUAUCCCAGAAUACCCAAUGCUCAAUUUCAUGCUUACAACUGCUAUUUAUAUCUUGGUAUCUCAUAGACUUUUUGAAUUAACCAAUGCACUCAAGAUAGCUUUUAUACCUACAAAAGACAACAGGCGGCUGCUGUCUAACUUUCUCGCUGGAGUUGCAAUUUCUGUGUGCUUGUAUUGUGUGUCACUCAUUCUUCUUUUGAUCCCUCAUUCACCGGCCUGAAAGUGAAACUUGCACUGAAGUUACAAAAACAAGUACAGGUUGAGUUGAAAGAAGGGGAAUUGUAAACUGUUGCUCGCGGAAAUACACAUAGGAAGCAAAUAUUUUGCAACUUUGGGGAAAGAUUAGCAUCACGGAUAGACAAAGCUAAAAUUAGGUGUUCAAUUCGAAAGAGGCAGGUAAAUGGCACAGAAAAAAUUUUCUCUUUUUGUAAUAUUGUGAAUUCAUUUAUAUAUCAAUUUUUGCUCCACGUUUUUUAAAGGUAGGUUCUUGUGACAUAGAUUUAUAGAUUUAUCGUCUGGCUUAACAAACAGAUACAAUAUUCAAUACUACAAUUUUUAUUGUGAA